AGAGAAAGUGCCAAAAAAAAAUCUAGAGAGAGAAACAUCCUUCACCGAGUUGCCGUCCAGCAACAAUUAGGGCUCACAAAACCUCCAUUAACAAAUCUCAAAUCACACACACACACACACACACACACUGACGUCAGCAUUCUUCAUCAAAGUCUCAGAUCCUUCAAUCUCAAUCUCCUCCGUUCAAAUCCAAACCCUAACCACCGCUUGACUUCAUCCGAUCAGCUGACUUCGAAUCGAUUCCGCUUCAAUUUCCGUUGAAAAUCGGUUGACAUGAGGUGAUUUUUGUGUGAUUUUGCGGCGGUUUUGUGUUUUUUCGGUGGAUGAUUGAUUUUCCGGCGGAUGAGAGGUAACUACAACGAUGAAAUGGGUAUCAUUGCUUAAGGACUUCAAGGAGAAGGUAGGGUUAACUGCUCCUGCCGGUUCUAGUGUGUCAUCUCCGUCGUCAUCCGCCGCUCCGUCGCCGUUCUAUAAUGAUGUUAGCAAUGCGAGUUCUUCGUCGAACAAUUACUUCUCGUCGUCUACUCCGAGAGACAAAUAUGAAUUGGAAUUGGACUUCAAGAGACAUUGGGAAGAGUUUCGCUCAUCAUCUUCAGAGAAGGAGAAAGAAAAGGCCUUGAAUAUGACCGUCGACAUCUUUUGUAGAUUUGUAAAGCAGCAUUCUAAUGUAGCACAAUUGAUUACCAUGUUAGUAGAGACACACAUAUUUUCUUUUGUUGUGGGUAGAGCGUUUGUUACCGAUAUUGAAAAGUUAAGAUUAGGCAGCAAAACACGAUUAUUGGAGAUCGAAAGUUUAAUAGGCUAUUUUUCAGAGAUCACAGAGGAUGGAAUUCAGCCUGGUUCAAAUCUUCUGCAGGCAGUGGAAUACCUUGUAUCUGGGCCUAUCGAUAAACAAUCUCUUCUUGAUUCUGGGAUCUUAUGUUGUCUCAUUUAUAUUCUGAAUGCCCUUUUGGGCUCUGAUGGAAAAAUUACAAGGCAAAAAGUUACUUCCACUGAAGAUGAGUCCGGAGUUUUGGAUAAUACAGGUCCAAAUCGACGACUUGAGGUAGAGGGCAGUGUUGUGCAUAUUAUGAAGGCAUUGGCGAGUCAUCCUGCAGCUGCUCAGAGUUUAAUCGAAGAUAACUCACUUCAGUUACUCUUUGAAAUGGUUGCCAACGGAUCUUUAAUUUUAUUUUCAAGAUAUAAAGAAGGUCUUGUACCCUUGCACAAUAUUCAGCUCCAUAGACAUGCAAUGCAGAUACUUGGUCUUCUUAUGACAAAUGACAACGGGAGCACCGCUAAGUACAUAAGAAGGCAUCAGCUGAUGAAAGUACUGCUAACCGCUGUGAAGGACUUCAAACUAGAAACAGGAGACCCUGCGUAUACAAUGAGUAUUGUGGACUUGUUGCUUGAAUGCAUAGAGUUAUCAUAUAGACCUGAGGCUGGUGACAUCAGGCUCAGGGAGGACGUUCGUAAUGCUCAUGGGUACCAGUACCUUGUUCAGUUUGCGUUAGUUCUUUCAAAAGAUCACAACUUCGAAACUAAUGAGUCAGCAACGGAGGACACCUCAUCACAAGGUCUCUCACUCACGUUGUCCAGAUUGCUUGAUGUUCUGGUAAAUCUAUCUCAAACCGGUCCAAGUGAUAUCAGGUUGACCGGGUCAAAGGGUAAUCGCAAAAGUCGAACAUCAUCUUCUGAGCGCUUCCCGGACGACAGUUGGGAAAAAGACAGUUAUAAAGUCAAAGAUAUUGAUGCCAUUCAAGUUUUACAAGACAUUUUUCUAAAAGCAGACAGCAGGGAUCUGCAAGCGGAAGUACUCAACAGAAUGUUCAAGAUUUUCUCGAGUCAUUUAGAGAAUUACAUGCUGUGUCAGCAAUUACGAACCGUGCCGUUAUUGAUUUUAAAUAUGGGCGGUUUCCCGUCUUCUUUGCAAGAAAUCAUCCUUAAGAUUCUCGAAUAUGCAGUGACAGUUGUUAACUGCAUACCCGAACAAGAAUUACUGGCACUUUGCUGCUUGUUACAACAACAAAUAACAUCUGAACUGAAACACACCAUCUUAUCAUUCUUUAUAAAGUUGUUAUCUUUUGAUCAACAAUACAAAAAGGUUUUACGGGAAGUUGGUGUGUUGGAAGUUUUGUUAGAUGAUCUUAAGCAGCACAAGUUUGUACUCGGUUCGGAGCAAGAUAACGGUAACUAUGGUGAUGAUUUAGAAAGGCAGUCAAACUCCAGCAGCUUUAAGAAACAUCUAGACAAUAAAGAUGCAAUUAUAUCAUCUCCAAAGUUGUUGGAUUCAAGUUCGGGAAAGUUUUCUCUUUUUGAAACCGAAAGCACGAUUUCAGUUGCGUGGGAUUGUUUGUUUUAUUUGUUGAAGAAAGCCGAACAGAAUCAAGUGACAUACCGUUCUGCUAAUGGUGUUAAUGCUGCUCUUCCUUUUCUGGUGUCUGAUAUUCAUCGUCCUGGCGUUCUUCGCGUGCUAUCGUGUUUAAUAAUUGAAGAUUCUGCACAGGUUCAUUCCGAGGAACUGAGCACACUGGUUGAAAUUUCAAAGAGUGGAAUGGUUACAAGUGCUUUAGGAUCUCAAUACGACCUGCAAAUCAAUGCAAAAUGCGACGUUUUCGGAGCAAUAUGGCGUGUUCUAGGAGCUAAUACUUCCGCUCAAAGAGUAUUUGGUGAAGCCACAGGGUUCUCUCUUCUCUUAACAACUCUUCAUAGUUUCCAGAACGAUAAAGCACAGAUUGAACCAUCCUUUUUACCUGUUUGCAUGAAAGUUUUCACAUACUUACUGCGUGUAACAACAGCUGGAGUGUGCAAUAAUGCUGUCAAUAGGGAAAAGUUAAACACAAUUCUAUCUUCACACACUUUUUAUGAUCUUUUGUCAGAGUCUGGUUUAAUUUGUGUGGAGUGUGAACGGCAGUUAAUGCAGUUGCUCCUUGAACUUGCGCUAGAGAUAGUGAUUCCACCUUUUUCGACCCCUGAAACAAAUGAUGUUGGAAACUCGUCCGCUAGCUUUCCAAUAGUUACGCAAUCGGGCCCUUUUGUUCCUGAUAAGGAGAGAAUAUAUAAUGCUGGUGCACUUAGGGUUUUGAUUCGUUCGUUGUUACUCUUCACUCCCAAACUGCAGCUCGAGUUGCUGAAAUUGAUUGAAGAACUUGCUUGUGCUGGCCCGUUUAAUCAGGAAAACCUAACAUCUACCGGUUGUGUGGAACUUCUUCUGGAGACAAUAUCUCCGUUCCUUUCGGGCUCAUCCUCUCUCCUAUCCCAUGCUUUAAAGAUUGUUGAAGUACUUGGGGCUUACAGGUUAUCAGCAGCAGAACUUAGAAUGAUUAUAAGAUGUCUUCUGCAAGUAAGACAGAGGAACCCUGGUCAUAUUCUUGUUAAUAUGAUAGAAAAGAUAGUUAUUAUGCAAGAUACGGCUUUAGAAAAAGUUCCACUGGCACCAUUUAUAGAAAUGGAUAUGAGAAAAAUUGGUUAUGCAUCGAUACACGUGUCAUUGGGAGAGAGAUCAUGGCCUCCUGCUGCAGGCUAUUCAUUCGUUUGCUGGUUUCAAUAUCGAAAUUUCUUGAAACCAACCGUAAAAGACACAGAAUCUUCCAAAUCCAUAUUUUCCAGAAGAAAUAAAACCACCACAGGCCCGCAAGUUUUGCGGAUUUUCUCGGUUGGUUCUGCAGAUGGCGGUGACACAUUUUACGCAGAACUUCGUCUACAAGAUGACGGAACUUUGACCCUUGCAACCAGCAAUUCGUCAUCUUUGACUUUUUCAGGGUUAGACUUGAAUGAAGACCAAUGGCAUCACCUUGCGGUGGUUCAUAGCAAACCGAAUGCUUUGGCGGGAUUAUUCCAAGCUAGUGUCGCAUACGUAUAUCUUAACGGGAAGCUUAGACACACUGGGCGGCUAGGAUAUUCCCCUUCGCCAGCUGGCAAGUCUCUUCAAGUAACCAUCGGUACACCAAUAACUUACGCACGGGUCAGUGACAUGUCGUGGACACUACGGUCUUGCUAUCUGUUCGAAGAAGUGUUGACACCGGGUUCCAUUUUUUUCAUGUAUAUUUUGGGCCGAGGGUAUAGGGGUCUUUUCCAAGACAUGAAUCUAUUGCAGUUUGUUCCAAAUCAGGCUUGUCGUGGCGGAAGUAUGGCCAUUUUAGAUUCAUUGGAAACAGAUUUGUUGUUGACUUCUAAUAGUCAAAGGGGCGAGAGUGGUUUUAAGCAAGGAAACCCCAGGAAUGAUCGUAGCGGAAUGGUUUGGGAUUUUGAAAGAUUAGGGAAUCUUUCGUUACAACUGUUGGGAAGGAAGCUUAUAUUUGCAUUUGACGGAACAUCUACAGAAGCCUUUCCAGCUUCUGGAACUUUGUCGAUGCUCAAUUUGGUCGAUCCGCUGUCAGCUGCUGCUUCCCCCAUUGGAGGUAUACCACGCUUUGGACGUCUUCAUGGUGAUGUGUAUGUAUGUAAGCAUUGUACAAUCGGUGAAACCGUGCGUCCUAUUGGUGGAAUAGCUGUUGUCUUAGCCCUAAUUGAAGUAGCGGAAACCCGUGAAAUGCUGCACAUGGCAUUAACACUGCUUGCAUGUGCACUUAAUCAAAAUCCACAAAAUAUUAGGGACAUGCAAGCAUUCAGAGGCUAUCACCUGCUAGCUCUCUUUCUUCAUUCACGCAUGUCGAUGUUUGACAUGCGUUCACUCGAGAUAUUUUUUCAAAUUGCUGCUUGCGAGGCUUCUUUUCCCGAACCCAAAAAGUUAGAAGAAAUUCAGAACAAUAUCUCGCCUUCUGUGACUGUUAACGAAACGACUUUUGACGAGCUUAAUUUAACCAAAUCCCGUGAUGAGCUUUCUUCUGAUGGUUCGCGUGAUGACAUGGAUGAUUUCUCUAUGCAAAAAGACACUUUUAGCCAUAUGUCUGAACUCGAUAAUGACAUACCUCCUGAAACAUCGAACUGCAUCGUUCUUUCAAAUGCUGAUAUGGUUGAGCAUGUGCUAUUAGACUGGACCGUUUGGGUAACAGCUGAAAUUCCGAUACAAAUUACUCUUCUCGGGUUUCUUGAAAAUCUUGUUUCGAUGCAUUGGUACCGUAAUCAUAAUCUCACAAUUUUGAGAAGAAUUAACCUCGUACAACAUCUGCUUGUAACACUCCAAAGAGGUGACGUUGAGGUACCCGUACUAGAAAAAUUAGUUGUUCUUUUAGGAGUUAUCUUGGAGGAUGGCUUCGUCAUUUCCGAACUCGAACACGUUGUUCGGUUUGUGAUUAUGACUUUUGACCCCCCGGAACCCACCUCACGGGUUCAAAUAACGAGAGAGCAAAUGGGGAAGCAUAUUAUUGUUAGAAAUAUGCUGCUUGAGAUGCUAAUUGAUCUUUUAGUCACAAUCACAUCAGAAGAGCUUCUUGAACAAUGGCAUAAGAUUGUUUCAUCAAAGCUAAUUACUUAUUUUCUUGAUGAAGGUGUUCAUCCCACAAGUAUGCGAUGGAUCAUGACUCUUCUUGGUGUUUGUCUUCAAUCAUCUCCUACAUUCGCUCUGAAAUUUAGAACAAGUGGCGGGUAUCAAGGGUUAAUGAGGGUGCUCCCGAGUUUCUACGAUUCCCCUGAUAUUUAUUACGUUCUGUUUUGUUUAAUAUUCGGGAAGCCGGUGUAUCCACGAUUACCCGAAGUUCGAAUGCUGGAUUUUCACGCCCUUAUGCCGAAUGAUGGAAAUAACGUUGAAUUCAAGUUCUUAGAGCUUUUGGACUCUGUAAUUGCGAUGGCGAAAUCGACAUUUGAUCGGUUGGCUAUUCAGACUCAAGUUGGUGGCGGGCUUGUGUCGGAGCUUGUGGACGGAGAUACGGAAAUGAGUGUGGACCUUCAGGGUGAGGCUUUGAUGCACAAAACUUAUGCUGCACGUCUUAUGGGUGGUGAGGCCUCGGCUCCUGCGGCUACAGCUUCGGUUCUUAGGUUCAUGGUUGACCUAGCCAAAAUGUGUCCUCCUUUUUCUGCUGCUUGCAGACGAGCUGAGUUUAUUGAAAGUUGUGUGGAUCUUUAUUUCUCCUGUGUCAGGUCUGCUCAUGCUGUGAUGAUUGCAAAAGAGCUGUCAGUUAAAACAGAAGACAAAAACAUAAACGAUGGCGAUGAUACAAGCAGUUCUCAGAACACGUUUUCCAGCUUGCCACAUGAGCAAGAAGAGUCUGUUAAAACCUCCAUAAGUCUCACAAGCUUCCCUCCGGUACAAGGAAGUGCAAGUUCGGAAGACAUCCCCAUUGCAACUGACAACAUAGAUGGAAACAAAACCGAGAUUACGCUGGAUUCACAAAAGUUAACUGAAGAAGUUGACCAGCUAUCCGACAACAAGCAUUUCAAUUUCCACGACCUCAAAAUUUCUCCGGUUAAUGUUCACCCAACGGGUUCACCGGGUUCUCCAUCUUUAAGUAUAUACGAUUCACCGAUUUUAUCCGAGAGGUCGAAUUCAAAUUCUCGGUUUCAGUCGGUACCCUCUCCAUCUCCAUCACAGAUUCUUGGUUUUCCAUCUUGGCUUGGAUCGGCUGCAUCUCCGUCCAUGGAAUCUUCUGUAUCUUUAUCUUUUACCGAGUUCGAGUCAACUCCUGAUCUGAACCUGAACCCCAACCCCUCAUCCCAAAUACCGACAAAUUCGUUUUCUGCGGUUAAUCCAAAACUGCUUCUUGAUGUGGAUGAAUCUGGUUAUGGUGGUGGUCCGUGUUUUGUGGCGGCAAAUGCCAUCCUUGACUUCAUGGUGGAAGUUCUUGCUGAUUUUGUAACUGAGCAUAUAAAAGCAACACCCGUUAUCGAAACCAUUUUGGAAACCGUGCCUUUGUAUGUGGACUCCGAAUCUGUAUUGGUUUUCCAAGGUUUGUGUCUUACCAGACUCAUGAACUUUCUAGAAAGACGGCUCCAGCGUGACGACGAAGAAGACGAGAAGAAACUAGAUAAAAACCGAUGGUCCUUGAAUUUAGAUGCAUUGUGUUAUUUGAUAGUGGACCGUGUAUAUAUGGGUGCGUUCCCGCAACCGGCUGCUGUACUGAAAACACUUGAGUUUCUGCUGUCUAUGUUGCAGCUGGCGAAUAAAGACGGUAGAGUCGAACAAGCACCGCCAACUGGCAAAGGGAUUUUGUCAAUUGGUAGAGGAACAAAACAGAUCGAUUCUUACGUCAUCUCGGUUUUCAAAAACAUGAAUCGUGUUACAAUGUACUGUUUUCUUCCUACGUUUUUGAUAUCAAUCGGUGAAGACGAAUUUCUUUCGCGAUUAGGGCUACAAAUCGAGCCAAGGAAGAAGUUAUUCACCAACAGUUCACAAGAGGAUGGGGUGAUUGACGUAUGCACGGUUUUACAGUUAUUGGUGGCUCAUAGCCGAUUGAUAUUUUGCCCGAGUAAUCCUGAUACUGAAUUGACUUGCUGUCUUUGUAUAAACAUGAUCUCGCUUUUACAUGAUCAGAGACCGAACGCACGGAACUUAGCCGUGGACAUCCUCAAACAUCUUCUGGUGCACCGGCGUGCUGCACUUGAGGACCUGCUUGUUUCGAAACCGAACCAAGGUCCGGUUUUGGACGUUUUACAUGGUGGGUUUGACCUUCUUCUUACCGGACGUUUGACCACCUUUUUUGAUUGGCUUAAGGUGUCUGAGCUAAUCGUUAAUAGAACUUUGGAACAAUGUGCUGCCAUUAUGUGGGUCCAGUAUGUUGCGGGGUCCGUUAAGUUCCCGGGAGUUCGAAUUAAAGGUAUGGACAGUCGUCGUAAGAGAGAAAUCGGUAGAAAAGCUCGGGAUUCGAUGAAAUUGGAUCAAAGACAUUGGGAACAGGUUAACGAAAGGAGAAUUGCGUUGGAAUUGGUUCGUGAUGCAAUGUCAACCGAAUUAAGAGUCGUUCGUCAGGAUAAAUACGGGUGGGUUCUUCAUGCUGAGAGUGAAUGGCAAACACAUGUUCAACAACUUAUACAUGAGCAAGGUAUAUUCUCAUUGCCCAGAUCAUCGGGUUCAACUGACGAGCCCGAAUGGCAACUUUGUCCGAUUGAAGGCCCGUUUAGAAUGCGUAAGAAGUUGGAGCGUUGCAAACUGAAAGUCGACACGGUGCAACACAUUUUAAGCGGAAAAUUUGAAUCCGAAAAGGAGAAAACCGAAAACGGUGAUAGCAGUUCCGAUUCAAAUUCCGAUUCUGGUCCCAGUCCCGAUCGUUUCGUUAAGCUUUUGUUGAAUGACGACGCGAAGCAGGAAUCUUUCGAUGAUGAAAUGUAUGAUGGAUCGAUAUUUAAGGAUGCGGACGGUGUGAAAGUUGGAUGGAAUAACAACAUUGAUAGGGAUAUCGAUAGCAGCAUUAAUGACGAAAGCCUUCAUUCGGCUGCUGAAUUCAGUAUGAAGUCCAGCUCAGCAACCGCACCGUUGUCAGAAAGCGUUCAACAAAGUUCAGUUUUAAGUUCUCCAAAGAAGUCAUCUUCAACAAGAUUAGAUGAAAUCCGCGCAACCGAGGAUAAUAAACUUGAUAAGGAAUUAAGUAACAACGGCGAAUAUCUAAUCCGCCCUUAUCUGUUACCUGCCGAAAAAAUAAAGUUCAAAUACAAUUGCGAGCGAGUUGUGGGUCUUGAUAAGCACGACGGGAUAUUUCUUAUCGGUGAACUUUGUUUAUACGUGAUUGAGAAUUUCUACAUUGACGAAUCGGAUUGCAUCUGUGAGAAAGAAUGUGAAGAUGAACUGUCAGUUAUUGAUCAAGCUCUAGGUGUAACAAAAGAUUUCUCUAUGAGUUCGGACUCCCAAUCGAAGAUGACAUCAUCAUGGGGUAUGACGGUGAAACCGCAUAGUGGAGGGCGGGCUUGGGCCUACAACGGUGGCGCAUGGGGGAAGGAGAAAGUGACUAACAGUGGUAACAUACCUCAUUUAUGGCGAAUGUGGAAGCUUAGUAGUGUUCAUGAAAUUUUGAAACGGGAUUACCAGUUACGUCCUGUUGCUGUUGAGAUAUUUAGUAUGGAUGGAUGCAAUGAUCUUCUUGUUUUCCAUAAAAAAGAGCGCGAGGAAGUUUUUAAGAACUUGGUGGCCAUGAAUCUUCCUAGAAAUAGCAUGUUGGACACAACGAUUUCCGGAUCAGUGAAACAAGAAAGCGCGUUUAAGAUUAUGGCAAAGUCCUUCUCCAAGAGAUGGCAAAAUGGUGAAAUUAGUAAUUUCCAGUACUUGAUGCAUCUCAACACACUUGCGGGUCGUGGGUACAGUGAUCUAACACAGUAUCCCGUCUUCCCCUGGGUUUUGGCGGAUUACGAAAGUGAAAAUCUUGACUUAACUGAUGAAAAUUCUUUCCGGAAACUUGACAAACCCAUGGGCUGUCAAACAGAGGAGGGUGAAGAUGAGUUUAAGAAAAGGUAUGAAAGCUGGGAUGAUCCUGAGAUACCGAAAUUUCAUUACGGUUCUCACUAUUCUAGUGCCGGGAUUGUCCUUUUCUAUCUCUUAAGGUUGCCACCAUUUAGUACGGAGAAUCAAAAGCUGCAGGGUGGUCAGUUUGACCAUGCUGACCGCCUUUUCAAUAGUGUACGUGACACAUGGUCAAGUGCUGCUGGAAGAGGCAACACGUCAGACGUAAAAGAACUGAUUCCAGAAUUCUUUUAUAUGCCAGAAUUCUUGGAAAACAGAUUCGAUCUUGACCUUGGAGAGAAACAAUCAGGAGAAAAGGUUGGAGAUGUUGGACUACCUCCUUGGGCCAAAGGUAGUGCAAGAGAGUUCAUCAGAAAACAUAGAGAAGCUCUCGAAUCUGAUUACGUUUCGGAGAAUUUGCAUCACUGGAUAGACCUCAUUUUUGGUUAUAAACAACGCGGGAAGGCGGCAGAGGAAGCUACAAACGUUUUUUACCAUUACACAUACGAGGGAAAUGUGGACAUCGAUGCAGUUACAGAUCCCGCAUUAAAGGCUUCCAUUUUAGCUCAAAUUAAUCACUUUGGUCAAACACCUAAGCAGCUAUUUCAACGGGCCCACCCGAAGAGGAAGAAAGAUAAAAAACCGCUAAUAAAUCCACUCAAAUACUCUAGUUUUCUUGUCCCACACGAGAUUCGUAAAAGUGCAUCUCCCAUAGCACAAAUCGCUACGUUAAAUGACAAAAUUCUCAUCGUGGGACCCAACAAUCUUUUAAAACCCCGAACCUACGCCACUUACGUUGCGUGGGGAUUCCCUGACCGCAGUUUGCGAUACAUGAGCUACGAUCAAGAUAAGCUCCUUUCGACCCACGAAAAUCUUCAUGGUGGGAACCAGAUCCAGUGUGCGAGUGCUAGCCAUGACGGUCAUGUGUUAGUCACGGGUGCAGACGAUGGUUUGGUCUGUGUUUGGCGGGUUGGUAGCUCCAGUGGGUCCCGUGCACCGCGAACCUUACAAUUGGAAAAAGCUCUUUCGGCUCACUCGGGUACAAUCACGUGUCUUCAUAUUUGUCAGCCGUACAUGGUCAUUAUAAGCGGUUCAGAUGACUGCACCGUGGUCUUAUGGGAUCUUAGCUCAUUGGGUUUCAUCAGACAGCUUCCCGUGUUCCCGUCUCCGGUUUCAGCUAUUUAUAUGAACGAAUUAACGGGUGAAAUCGUGACAGCUGCUGGGAUUAUGCUAGCGGUUUGGAGCAUAAACGGUGACUGUUUAUCGGUUGUCAACACUUCACAACUUCCGUCCGAUUUCAUCGUGUCGGUUACCACUUGUACCUUUUCUGAUUGGUUGGAAACCAACUGGUAUGUCUCCGGUCAUCAGAGCGGUGCGGUUAAGGUUUGGCAAAUGGUUCAUAACUCUAGCGAAAGUGUCCAAACCCCAACCCAAGCCCAAACCCAGACGUUUGGGUUAGGGUUAGGUGGUCAGGUGGCCGAGUACACAUUGGUUCUACGAAAGGUGCUCAGGGGUCAUAAACACCCGGUCACCUCACUUCAUCUCACAAGUGACUUGAAACAGCUUUUGAGCGGCGAUUCAGACGGUCAUUUGAUUUCAUGGACGUUACCAGACGAAACCUUGAGGAAUUCUAUUAAACGGGGGUGAGUUAGGUUUGCUUGUCUGUACCCUAAUGGGUUAUGUGUCCAUUCUUGUAACACGAAACGGGCUGGCCCGGGAAGAACAAGAUGUGUAGACUGAUGGAGAGAAUUUGUGGCAGACGGGCUUCAUGCGGACAUGGGUCGAGGACUCGAGGGUAUUUGUUUUUGUUUUUAUGAACUAGUGUACAUAGAAGGGGUUAAUUAAAAUGUUUAGAUUGGAUUUUGUAUAGUUGUGUAAGGGAAGGGGGGAUGAGUUGGGACUUUAAUUACUACUACCCCUUAUUUUGGCCUGGGGAAUAUAGCUGUGUUGUGUUGUGCUUUUGUUUUCAUUUAUUUGUAAGGAUAUAAACAUACAUAUAUGAUUUCAAAUCCAUCCAUAGUCCAAAUUUCAUGAGUUAGCUUUAA